AUGGCACCAGCUCUCCACCCAGCUGCCAUGGCUGCCAUGGCCGCAAUGGCUUCUUCAGCUUCAGCUUCAACACCGAAACAACAAGCUCCACCGCGUCAACCACUCCGCAAGAAGCGAAAAAAUAGAUCACCGAUCGUGGCGCGACUGGUGGUUGAUGAGCUCCGUGGCGAUGUCGGAUAUGUCUCUGAGGAUAUCUGGAGAGAUGUGUUUGGGUUCAUCAAGCAGGAGCCUAAGAAGCCCGAGCAACAUCCUGAGAUUAUCAAUGGGGAAACAAUCAUGAUUGAUGAUGAGGAGCCCGAAGAAGAACCAAUACCCCCGACCCUCCACAUCGCCGUAACACCUCUCAGCUCAGCGCGCGAAGCAGCUUCCAAAAAAUGGUCUAUCUUCCCCGUGACCUUCCUUCCCGAUAGCUCGCAAUUUAUGCGCCUCGCGCCCUCAACAAUCAUGCUCCCUAAUACUAUGACUCUUCCCCCACAGCUUUCCGCAGCUGGUGAAAAGGGCGCGAAAGCCCUCGGGGUGCUCGUAAUGGAUGUAGUCCCUGUAGGCAUAGAAACCGUGAUCGUGAACGUCCGCGUUCCGGCCAAUAUGACCUCGCAGUACGACCAAGACCUCGAAGACCGUGUUAAGGAGGCACUGGCGACGCAGAAAAUUGUCCGCGCAGGAGACGAGCUACCGUUGCGGUAUGCACAUGGAAGGAUUGAGAGAGGCCAAGCAAAGAUUGAAAUCUGUGAGCCAGUGGAGCAGGGGUUGAUAUUGAAGGAGACGAAAAUAGUAAUUUUGAAAGAGAGAGAGAGUAUGCAGAGAAAACAACGAGCUGCGGUCGAUGGGAUUACAGUUUUAGGUGGUGGACGCGAGCAUGAUGGGGGCUCUGAAGGUGAAGAUUUAGGUGACGAGGACGAAGGCGACUUAGAGUUUUCCACAUUCUUGUCUUUGCCCAGUCCGGGGCCCAUCUCUUACUCGAGUAUGAACUCGACGCCAUACAUGCGCAAUGGGUCCAUUUCUCCAAACUCGAGUUUACAGUCGAGCUCGGGCGGACAAGGGAAGGAAUUUAAGACCCAGUCGCUCACAACCCCGAUACCGUCGGGGCUUCUAUUCCCCAAACCAAAGGACUACGAUGAUGAUGAAGCACGAGUUUUUGUAAAAGUAGGAGAUUUGGCAAAGUUGGGCUGCUUCUCUGGUGACUGGGUUAGGAUAUCAAUUCCAUCACCACCUGUAGAGGGCACUGCUGCAACGUCAAUCAGGACUGCCGCCGAAGCGGUAGCACGGGGGCGUGGGCUAGCAGUUCCUACAGGGAGAGUUGUAAACGGAAGUAGGCCGGUCUCGCGGAAUCAGCGUGAUAAUUCCUCAAUGCGGAGCGACGACGCAGAACUUGGACGCCCGGUAAAGAUCUACUCGCUUCCUGAGGGUUGGGAAAGCUCUUCAACCAACGAAAAGAAGAAGAAAAGGCGUAGUGAGAAAGGAAAAGAGAUGGAGAGUGAGCUAAAAAAGGAAGUUAGUGUCGUCUACCUUUCGCCUAUCCUCCUUGCAAACAUCUCCCCUUCAGUAUCAAUGGCUCCGGAGGUUGUAUUAUCACCAUUUGAGAUGCCCACCAAGUCUCUACGUGAUCCGGGCCCUACUUCUCCUCCUCCGGCCAAGGAGGUCACACUACUACGCAUCGCAUCACCUACCUCAACAGACCGGGCACUUCAACCUUCGCUCCUACUUCAACUAAAGUCCUACUUUGAGUCCUGCCGGCGAAUCGUGAAGAAAGGCGACGUCAUUGGUGUCGGAAUUGACGAAGUCCUAGCUAGAAGUCUCUACGGAGAUAGCGGUGAAGACGGCAUCACGGAAGAACUUCUCACUGGUAACGUUGAAGAAGGUAAAGGCGGUAAGAAGACCUGUGUCGCUUGGUUCAAAGUCGGCAAUAUUGUCUCUACCUCCGACGAUAACCCGGGCGACCGAAGUCCGAUUGGCCGCCGAGGUACAGACCGAAAAGAAGCAGCAGAAGAGAGUGCAUGGGGUGGUGUAGUGUUUGUCGACCCGGCAACUACGCGUAUGGUGCAAGCUGGCUCAGAGAAGCGGAAGAUUCCACCUACAAUGUCCUCGACAUGGGAGUAUUACCUUAGGUUGUCGCCGCCACCAGUUAGGUUGGCUAUUGAACAAAACAAGCCCUCUGCAUUGGUUUUCCCAAACCGCUAUAUUAAUCAGACGCAGCGGCGGUUAAGGGAGCUGGUAUCUGCAGCCACAUCUCCAAGGGCCAUACAGCUGGGGUUGCAGCCUAUUGCAAUUCUACUCACAAGUACACAAAGAGCAAUCGGUAAGAGGACGAUUGCAAUGAGGGCGGCAUCGGACGUGGGAGUUCAUGUUUUCCAUAUUGAUGCGUACGACAUCAUUUCAGACGGCGGUUCGGGGGAUGUUAAAACAGAGGGAUUCCUUAGGGCAAGAGUGGAUCGAGCUCUAACGUGUGGAAAAGAGAGCUGUAUUUUACUCUUGUCCCAUAUUGAGGCCCUUACUGCGGCGAAAAUGGGCGAGGUCUUGAAGGAUAUCGUCGGCCAGUUCAGGAUUGUUGUUGCGACUACCACAGAAGUGGACAAGCUGUCUGACAACGUACGCAAUGUUUUCACGCAUGAGAUGGACGUUGGUGCACCUGAUGAAAAGGAGAGAGCAGGGCUCUUGGAGGCAAUUGUCGAUGAGCGAAGAGUUAGACUUGGGAAAGAGGUUGAGCUUAGUGGUGUCGCAGUCAAGACUGCAGCUUUAGUAGCCGGCGAUUUAGUCGACGUCGUCGAGCGAGCUGUCGCAGCUAGCGGUGAGCGAGUCUCAAAAUUAGCAAAGAAAUGCCGCGCAAGAAUAAAGAACACGGGAUCUGUCGAGGGGAUAAUUACGAUCCAAGAUCUCGAGAUCGCUGGAGGCGAUGAAGCAACUAGCAUCCUCAAAUGCGAUUUCGAAGUCGCAGUCGAAGCUGCGCGCCGUAAUUUCGCUGAUUCUAUUGGCGCUCCAAAGAUCCCUAACGUGUCUUGGGACGACGUUGGAGGACUUGCUAACGUUAAGAGCGCCGUUAUGGAGACUAUUCAGCUACCACUCGAGCGGCCAGAGCUCUUUGCGAAGGGUAUGAAGAAGCGCUCCGGGGCCGAAUUGCUGAACAUGUACAUCGGAGAGUCCGAGGCCAAUGUACGCCGUGUCUUCCAACGUGCACGUGACGCAAGACCUUGCGUGGUAUUUUUCGAUGAGUUGGAUUCAGUCGCGCCCAAGAGGGGUAACCAGGGUGAUUCUGGCGGUGUUAUGGAUCGUAUUGUGUCCCAGCUGUUGGCAGAGCUGGAUGGUAUGAGUGAAGGUGCUGAGGGAAGUGGUGGUGUUUUCGUGAUUGGAGCGACCAACAGGCCCGAUUUAUUGGAUGCAGCACUACUUAGGCCGGGAAGAUUCGACAAGAUGUUAUACUUGGGUGUCAGUGAUACACAUGAUAAGCAACUGACCAUCUUGGAGGCGCUGACAAGGAAGUUCGCGCUUCACCCUACGCUUUCGCUGAGAAGAAUAGCGGAGACUUUACCAUUUACGUAUACCGGUGCAGACUUGUACGCGCUGUGUUCUGACGCAAUGCUGAAAGCGAUCACUCGUCAAGCCGGAAGAGUAGAUGAAAAAAUUAGAAUCCUCAAUAGUCAGAGUGGUGAGAGUAUGAGCACGGCCUACUUUUUUGACCACGUUGCAACUGAAGAAGAUACUACUGUGCUUGUCGAAGAGGGCGACUUUGAAGAGGCGAAGAACGAACUCGUGGGGAGUGUUAGUGCCAAAGAACUCGAGCAUUACCAACGCGUGCGCGAACAGUUCGAAAAGGCUGAAGACGACGAAAGCAAAAAGAAGUCCCAAAACAAAGUGAAAAGCAAGGCGAUUGAAAUGAGCGUGGAUGAAAUGCCAGUCUACGACAACGGCAAAGCUCUCUUACUCGACAGAUCUGGGCAACCCCUUGCAGACUCAGGUCUUCGCGCACGUCUCCAGCUUGAUCUUGGCAGCGACACUGGCCCGGCUACUGGAGAGUGGGAAGACUCUGCAGCUGGUGAUGACGAAGAGCUUUAUGGCGGGGGUUCGUGA